CCUCGCCGCCCGCCACCACCCAUCGAGGCCGAAGACAGACCACGGCCGAAGCCGUACUUGUGGUGGAAGGGGGAUGAGAAGCUUAGUCCGAAAUGGGUAACUCCAUCAGGAGCGUUGGAGGUGGCAAAACGACGAGAUGGGGGCGAUGGGGUGUACCGGUGUGCCAUGCGGCAUUAUGGCGGCUUGAUUAUGGGAUACCCCGUGCAUUUGAAGUUUGCUUCCAUGGAGAAGCAGUUUACAAGCAACCCUGAAAAUGUGACGGCUCGGAGAGGACAACCUGUGGCUCUGUCAUGCGUUAUCAGCUCAGCACCGGCCGCUGAACUCCUCUGGCUGAGAAACGAAGAGGCUCUCCCUGAUGGUGACAGGUACCACACGCUGUCGAGCCAGCUGCUGAUCACAGAUGUCACCAGCGCAGACGCUGGCGAAUACAGAUGCAUAGCAACAAACCCUCAACUAAACAAAACCCGGACGAGCCGCUCUGGCCAUCUACAAGUGACGGUUCAUGCCGAGGAUCAGGAGCCGUCGUUUCUGCCAGUCUAUGUGGAACAAAAUAUUGCAGUGGCGAGAGGUAGCAGAGUGAUUCUGCCGUGUCCCGUUACAGGGUGGCCACGGCCCAAAUUGAUCUGGGAGCAGUCGCUUCCGGGCGGCAAAACGGCAGAGUUGGAAGUGACAGACGAAGUAUUCGUCAUUCACAGCCUGGAGUACGACCAGGAGGGCACUUACACCUGCUCCGUUGUGGGCCACAGUGAACUAACUAAGACCUUCAAUGUUACAAUAACAGAGCCACCGGAAAUCACGAUCCCUCCAGCAGGGAAAGAAGUGCUGCGAGCGAGCACUGUUCGCUUCAACUGCACGGCGAGUGGACGACCGGAGCCAAACAUCAGUUGGUACAAGAAUUGGACUCUACUGACGAUGGCAGGCCGGAUCAAUUUGAGGAAAUCGGCAGACGGGCAACGUAAUGAACUUGUGAUUAGCGGCGUUACUUCUGAUGACGCAGGCGUUUACCAAUGCUUCGCCCAGAACGUCGCAGGUGUGGCCUCGGCCUGGGCGAUUCUGAACGUGACCGGCGAGGACGCAGCGGCUCCGACAAACGUGCGGUGCUGGCCGAUCAGCGACCGCAAAGUCGCCGUCAAGUGGGAUUCGCCUACCGUUGGCGAAGUCAUCGCUUACACUGUCCACGGCACGCUACAAUCAAAAACCGGGCUUAAUGUACCUGCUAAACCUGUAACGGAUACGGAAGAGAACAUAACUGUUGACGCCUCUUUGACUCCUUACCGGUUUCAAAUUCGAUCGUAUAUGCAUCCUAAAUCUCCUAGCAAAAAUGUUGCCAGCGACCCUUCUGCAGCUGCCGUUUGCCAAGGCCAAGGAGUGCCGAUAAAAAUGGCAAAGCUGGAGGACGGGAAGAUCCUGGUUUCCUGGAAGCAGUUUUACGAAGACAACCCUGGGGUGGUGCAAUGGAUCUUACAGCACAGGCUACAGGACACCAGCGACGAAAGAAACAUUACUCUUGAUGGAUCUGUUUACAAUUAUACUUUGCCUGCUUCCUCCAAUGGACCUCAGCAAAUUCGCGUUCUCGGGUCUCGGAGUCUGAAGUGGCUGCGUCAGGACUUGUCAUUGGUGCCCUGGGUGUCCACAGCCAGCGCGGGCCGCGAUCUUGAAGCCGGGUGAGGUUCUGGGAUCCAACUCCACUGUUUGAUCAAAUUAUAAUUAAAUAACUACUCGUAU